UUGAGCACAACACUUGCUAUAGAAUGCAAUGGGGUAAAGCUCAAGAUGUGAUGAUUUGCCAUCCAAGGAUGAUGAAGACAUGCUCAUUGAUGGACAGCGAAGAUGUGAAAAAUGGAUUCGGAAUGAUGUUGCAGACUCGAAAGAGUCCAAGACAAUGCUUGGUUCAGACGGUUCAUUGGACGGGAACAGAAACCUGAAGUUACCUGGCCAUUUCCUUUCAUGGAGGGCAGACUGUUUAUCCUGAUUCUUCGUGCUGGCAUUGAUGGAUAUCAUAUCAAUGUCGGGGGUCGACAUGUGACUUCAUUUGCAUAUCGCACUGGGUUUUCACUUGAAGAUGCAACAGGGCUGGCCAUAAAAGGAGAUGUGGAUGUUCAUUCAGUUCAUGCAACCUCUCUUCCCACCUCUCAUCCAAGUUUCUCCCCACAAAGAGUGUUGGAAAUGUCACCAAAAUGGAAAGCGUCUCCAUUGCCUAAAAGACUAAUUCAACUUUUUAUUGGGAUUUUCUCUGCUACCAAUCACUUCGCAGAACGCAUGGCAAUUAGGAAAACUUGUAUGCAGUCUUCGGUCAUGAAGUCUUUAAAUGUAGUAGUCCGGUUCUUUGUUGCACUGAAUCCAAAGAAGGAGGUGAAUGCAGUGCUAAAGGAGGCAGCUUAUUUUGGUGAUAUUGUAAUUUUGCCAUUUAUGGACCGCUAUGAGCUCGUGGUUCUUAAAACUAUUGCACUUUUUUACUUUGGGGUGCAAAAUGUGUCAGCUGCUUACAUCAUGAAAUGUGAUGAUGGCACAUUUGUUAGACUCGAUACUGUCUUCAAACAAAUUGAUGGAAAGUGGAAAUUGGGCUGUCACUUAUGAGGCCCCAACAAAACAUGUGGCCCAACAGCCCGUUUGGCAGACCCAAAGCAUUGGUCAACCCUAGCUCUAGUUUCCAUCAAGUGCCGUUUCUAUCAAGGAUUCAUUCUCACCCACGUCCGAGUUUCACGGCAACACGCCUCCACCUCCGAACCAUCCGGCAUUCAUCACCAACAAACAAAGGAGGAAGUUAGGAUUUGUUUAAACCAAAAAUAGCCUUUUUCAAGGCUAUAAAACCAUGUAAUCACCACUGUUUUGU